AUGCCUCGUCUGUGCCUGCUCCCUUCUUUCUCUCUGUUCUUCUUCCUCUCCCUCGACCUUCCUCCUCCCCCUUCUCCUUUUCUUCUCCCCUCCUCUCCUCCCCCUUCUCUUUCUCCCUUCUCGUCUUUCGCUGCGAUGCCAGCCUUCGCAGACGAAGAGGCAGAACUGCAGGAGGCGAUUCGCCUGUCGCUGUGUGAACUUGAGCAUUCGGUCUCCGACGGCCUUCCGCAUGCAGAGUUGGCGACGUCCGCCCAGGCCGCGGGCGCGCGCGAAGAGCGCCUCGCGCUCGAUGAAGAAGCUGAGCUUCAGCGCGCGAUUCAGGACUCUCUCCUCUCAGCCUCUUCGCAGCCUCUUGCGUCGCGACCCCCAUUGCCGCCGCUCUCUCGCCGGGAGGCCUGCGACUUGACCUGGCUUGGCGAGCAUUCGCCCACGAGUGCGCAUGCGGAGUCGGCGCUGCCGCUCUGCGCGUCUCUCGCUCCCGAGGACGACGUCUCCGAAUUGCUUUUCCCGCGCUCGCGGCUUUCGCAAAAAAACGCGCGCGACCGCUGCCGGCCGCCUGCUCGGUGGCAACUCGAGGAGGAGGCGGAACUCGCGAGCUUCUCGCGGACGCUCGCGGAGGCGCUUCAAGCGCCCUCAGCGUCCCGCUCGCCAGAUGGAUGUCUCCACUGUGGAGCGGCCUGGGGAGCGCUUGAGGAUCCGAACGCGCGCGAAGGCGACUCGAGUCACCAAGGCGCGGCGCAGGCCUGCGCGACCUCCCCCGCCAGCGAAGCGAGCACCGACAACGGCGGAGAAGAGACCGGUGAAGGACAGAGCAGAGGAGGAAGAGAAGGAGGAGAGAGCAGGAGCGCGGCGAGCGUUGCGCGGGCGUCUCUCUGCAGAGCUUGUGAGAGAGCGUGUGUGGGGGGGGCGGUGCUGCGGUCAGUUCCAGCUGAGAAGGGAGAACCUGCGUCUUCUGCUUUGCGAGAAGAAUUUUUUUCUUCUCUCGCGCCGCUGGACAGACAGCUGGUGAGGCGUCUCGUCGGACGCGUCUUCGGCCUCGGAGCUUCCAGGUCCAUCGGCGUCGAAGACAUCGUCAGAUGGUUCAAUCACCCGUUUCUGUUUGCGUCUGAAGCUCCGUCUUCGCGUUUGCCGGACGACUGUCGCGACUCGAGCGGCUUCUCCUCUUCAUGCUGUCCGUGGGGUCUCGUCCAGUUCCACGGCGGUCCUUGCGGCCUCCUCGCCUCUGUUCAGUGUUUCCUUCUCCGCGCUCUCUUCUUCUCUCCUUCUCGCGCGAAGCGCUACACCUCUAUCCUCCAGUCCUAUUCCUCUUCUUCUCCUUCUUCCUCUUCUUCCUCUUCUUCUUCUUCCCCUUCUUCCUCUUCUUCCUCUUCUGCUUCUCGCUGUCGAAACGGAGAGUUGCGUUUGAAUGCGGAGUGCGUUAGUCUGGCGCCUCUGACGCGGACGCAGGGACAUGCCUUGGUGGAGGCUCUCGCAGCGAUUCUCUUUCAGACGACGGAGAAGUCCAGGUACUUCGUCGCGGUCGCAGAUCUCGACGUCGCUGCUCUCGCUGGGCAAGCGCGAAACGUCGAGAUCCUCCACGACGCAAGCGCAGACGACGACCUGCUGGUUUACGCCCUCAACGUCGCAGUCAAGGAAUUCGACGACGUCCAGGAGGUCAUGCGCUUCUACUGGAGAUUCUACAAACUCCUCCUGCAGACUCCCGCCGCGCUCGUCUCCUUCCUGUUCUCUGUCGUCCUCACUCGCGGCGUCGACAAGGUGCGAGCCGACGCGGACGCUCCCGACCACCCGCUGCUGGGUCUGUACGGCCAUUGCAACCAAGAACUCGUGAAUUUGCUCCUGCAAGGCGCGGGGACAAGCAACGUUUGGGAUGGCGACAAAUGUCUCGGCGCCGACCGCGACAGCGGCGCGGAGACCGUUCUCGGCGGCAUCCGCAAACGGCCGCUCGUCGGAUUCCUCACGGAAAUGGAGGCUCUGCGAUAUUGCGAGGUCGGCGACAGAUACAAACACCCGCACUAUCCCCUCUGGGUCCUGGGCAGCGGCAACCACUACACUACCCUGUUCUGUCGAGAUCUCCUCGCCGCUGCUCUCGGCGCCAGUCGACAAGCCGAAAUGGAAGCACAGGCGGCAUUCAAAGCGAUCGACCAAGAAAACAACACUUACAUCUUCGCACAACAACUGCGGCCGCUGCUCGACCUCCUCGGGCAGGCGCACUUGGAGGCGGAGGCGAGGGGAACGAUGGGCGCUGCGGACGGCGUCGUUCUCUGGAGUGAAUUUCUUGCUUGGUACACUCGGCUAAUUGUGGGCAUGAAGGCAGCGAGAGGCGAAAUGGAUAUCGAGGCGCCGCGGCGCUUCGCGGUGUACAUGUACGAUGGUCAACGUCCCCCAGGUCCGAGUGUGAGGAGAUACCUGGUGGAGCUGCAAGAUGCAGAUUUCCGUCACGCCCAGGCAGAUGCGUGCGAAGUCGCGAGGCUCCUGUGGACCCGCUGGCCAGCCGCAGUCGUUACCGAACUUCCUCUCCUUCCCCUCGUCGAGUAG